AUGGAAAGUGAGGAAAGCAAUGCUGCCAUACAAAAGGUAUCACCUGAUGCAUUUCAACAAACGAAUCGCAUGACAGAGAAUGUGUUCUUAAAAGACUCCGACUCCGCAGACGAAGAGAACAUGGAUUGGAACUCCGAUUCAACGGAUUCAGACAGUGCCAUGGAACAGCCGUCACUUCUGGAACAGUUGAAGACCAUACUUGAUACUUACCAAGAUGCUCAAAUUAUACGGGAACUGAUUCAAAAUGCGGAUGAUGCAAGCGCUUCUGAGAUGAAGAUCACAUAUGUGACUGACGACCCAGGAGAAAGUCAGGAACAGCCCAAACAUAGUGGAUGCUAUUCAGAAUAUUUCAGGUCGCCGGCGCUUUGUGUCUAUAAUGACGGAGUAUUCAAUAGGAAGGACUGGACAUAUGUCAAAAGCAUCUAUCGCAGUGGUAAACGAGAAGAUUCAUUUAAAAUAGGCAGAUUCGGUCUCGGAUUCAAGUCUGUCUUCCACCUGACAGAUAACCCUGUCAUAAUAAGUGGAGAUCAGAUAUUGGUUAUCGAUCCGUUUCGGUCAAAAAACAAGCUUGGAAACGAUUGCCAUACUUUGAAAUUCGAGAAACUUUGCAAAUCUGUUCAGAAGAAAAGACGUUAUAAAGAUGCUCUGGUGGCCUUAGAGAAAUUGUAUGGUCAUUGCGGAUUUACAAAAGAGUCUAUGAAGGAUGGGUACCACGGAACACUGUUUUGGUUUCCAUUCCGCCGCUUUCCUUCAGAAUUGUCAACAAAAGUCUUCGAUCAUUCUGAUGUCGGUGAAUUGAUAUCUAUGUUCAAGAAUGAAGCUCAUUGCCUACCACUUUUUCUCAGGAAUAUAAAUCAAGUCUCCUUUUAUGAAAACGGCAAUACAUCGUCAUCAUUCUCUGUGAAAUGCAUCACUCUUGAAGACGAAAAGAGGAAAUCUUUCAACUUAAAACUUGCAGAGUGUAAAGGCAGAACACCAGAUGAGGAUAUGGAAACAGUACUUUUGGUCACAGUUAUUGUACAGGAAAGAAACGAAUCCAAAAAGCAACAAUGGAUCGUUUGUAGGUAUGUUAAAGGCAUGAACAAUCUUUCUGCGGAUCUGAGAGCGUUGUCGGACGAUAAAUACCUGUCAUACUGUCCUUUGGUAGGAAUUGCGGUUCCAGUCAAUGAUACAUUAGACAAUGAGUUUCAUGGACAGGUGUUCUGUUUCCUUCCACUUCCGUCUUCAAGUGAAAAUAGCACAGGACUGCCUGUACAUAUUAACGGAUUCUUUGCCUUGAGCCAGGACAGAAAUCACGUUAAAUGGCCUACAGAUGAUAAGCUGUAUAGAGAAGACAAAGCACAGACAUGGAACCGUUUGCUUUGUGAAGAAGUGAUUGUGGAUGCAUACACAUUAACUCUAGAAUACAUAAAGGGACUCACAGACUGCGAACAACGUAUUGAAUCUGACAGCCUAGUGAACAAAACGCUUCCAUCGCGGGCAAACGUUCAUUCAAACUGGGUUAGCAUCGUCGAUCCAUUGUACAGAAGCCUUGAAGAUAAAAAUACAUUUUACACGAAACAUGAUGGCGGCAAAUGGAUUCAACCAAAAGAUGCAGUGUUUUCUAUACUGAAUGUUAAUGAAGAGGAAGUUUGUGCGAUUAAUGAUAACCAGAUGGAACAAUGUAUAGUCAAUUUUCUACUGGAUAGCGGACGUAACGUCGUUAAUGUGCCAAUGCAUGUUGCAAAAUCGUUUCCUGGUGUACAAAGAAUAACACCGAAUUAUUUGAGAGAUGUGAUGAAAGAAAAUUAUAUCUACACAAAACUUUCCACUAGGUAUAAACUUCUCUUACUGCAGUUUGUGUUAAUAGAUCGACAGUACACUGAUCUUGGUGUCUUUCAACUUUUGCCCUUGGAAGACGGUACGUUCGGUUGGUUUAAUGAUGAUAAUCCAAAGUACAUUUGCACAGAGGAUGAGUUGAAAAUGUUUCCAGGCAUAGAACAGAACUUUGUCAAAUUAGACAUACCACAGAUACUGUUGGACCAUUUGGAUGAAAUCCUUAACGAAGUAUCUUCAAAUCUGGUUAACUUCUGUCUGAGAAGAUUAAACAAAGACGAUUUUCCAGAUUUGCUUGAAAAGACUCUGUCUGCGAAUGGAAAGAAAACUCACACUAAAUAUUUAGACAUUUCUGGUAUCCACAUAACAAUGGACUGGCUUGAUCGUGUUUGGGGUUACAUCGAUCAGCAUUAUAACACUUUGGAAGAUUUUGAAUAUAUGCCUCUGAUUCCGGGAAAAAACAUAAUCGAUUCCGAAACCAAACACAUCUCGCAGUUGAUGCAAUUAAAGGGUAAGUAUGUGGUUGCUGAGUGUGGAGGGAUGGAAAGUCUCAACCAGAAUCUGAGAAGCGCAAUCUCAAAUUUGAAAAUAGCUGUUAUACCACAUAUUCCGAAAGGUGAAACAUACAAUGUAUUGAUGGGAACACACUGCAAAUAUCCUUACUUAAAAGAUGUAUUAGAACUUUUGGAAAAAAACGAUGAUAUGUAUUCAACAAUUCGUCACUUUAACGAACGAUCGAGUAAGGAGGAGAAAACGGCUUUGCUAGACUUCCUGUCUAAGGAUAGUCAAAUAGCAAGUACAGACGCUGACUACGUAUUGGGACAGUUGGAUAUUUUUUCGGAAACCACGAACGUAAACAAUGACUUACAAUACACUUCAAUAUCGAAGAAUGGCAAAAUAGCAUGCAGAACCCACAUUCCAAUUAAAUAUCCAUUCCCUCUACUUCAUUUGGAAUCCUCACAUAAGAUUCUUGCCGAGCGGUUAGGAGCUACACAAGUGGAAGAAUGCUAUGUAGUUGAAGAAAUAUUACGAAAUAUCAUCAACGGAGAGGGUGGAUAUUCGAGAUCGAACAUUGAGGAUUUCAUGAUGUUUCUACUCAUACAUCUUAACAGUGUAAGAGGCGAUCACGAAAAAAUCUUCGAUUUAGGUUCAAGAGUAAAGUUUAUUGAAGUUUCAUAUUCAUUAGGAGAUAUUGCAGUUGCAUCGAUACGACAAUUUUUUGACCAUACUAAUAGAAAUCUUCAAGAGUUGUUUCAUUUCGACAAAGCAAAACUUCUUCCGCCAAAAUAUCAAAAAGAUGAUAUUGAAUGGUCACUUAAAAAAUUAGGAUUGAAAUCAGAGGAUGAUGUUAAAACUGAAGACAUCUGCAAUGUGGUAAAAAUACUCGAUGAAGAGUGCAACCAGCAUGCACACACGGCAGAGGACAAUGUUAGGAAAUGUUCCUGUCAAGUGAUGAAACUUCUAGAGAAACUUACCACACAAUCCGCUGUCAGUUUGGGCGGAUUACAUCUGAACAAGUACCGAUGGAUAACCUAUCUUAAACAUAAGCCACCUCAUUAUCCAAGUGUACUACCAUGGUAUGGACAAGAGUUGAAGUCAAUUCUAUGUUCACCGGAGGAUGUCUUCUCAACGAAGUUUGAGUCCCUUUCGGCGUCAGUCAAAUGCAUUACAGCAACAUCUUUAUAUCCAAAUCUUGCGGAGGGUUACGGUUGGGAUACUCCUCCUAGUGUAGAAAUAUGUUUAUUACAGUUGAAAGUUUUGAGAAAAGUAUUCAACAUCAAAGACAAAGCAGCACUGAUAUACUUAAUAAAACACAUAUAUCAGCAGUUGUUCGAUAGUAUCAUCACGUCACGAGUUGAGGAGCUACAGUCAGAAGAACUUGUUUGUACGCAAGAAGGGUUUCAUCUUCCAGAAAAGGUAUAUGUAUCUUUUCCGACGAAUGAGAACAUAUCUCUUGAACCUUUUAUGUAUAAAUUACCUGCCGAGUUCUCCGAAUUCUCCAGUAUGUUUAUUUUCCUUGGGUCAAAAGCUGAACUCACUAUUAAUUCAAUGAAGCCCGUUCUAACAACGAUUAAAAGGACAACUACAAAUUCUACAACCGAAAGGGAUAGGAAGAUGGUGAUAGACAUUCUCAAAUGUAUAGUAAGCCUUAAAGAUGAGAACGAGAGCCUUGAUGAUGUAUUAGUUCCUGUAAAAUCAGAUAACGCUAGUUUGGACUUGCAUCAAGUUAAAGACUGUACAUAUUUUGAUGUUGAUUCCGGAUGGAUGUGUAACAGUGAAUUUGAUGUUAAUAUCAGAAACGUUCACUCCGAUGUUAGUACUGACUUAGCAGAAUCCCUCGGAAUCCGCUCUGUCACUCAGAGAUUUUUGUCAGACGGGGGUACUGAAGAAAUAUCUGCAUGUGGACAGUCAGAGCCAUUAACAACAAGACUGAAGAAUAUACUGGAAAACUAUCCAGAUGGAAUGGCUGUCUUUAAAGAACUGGUCCAGAAUGCAGCCGAUGCUGGAGCGCAACGUAUUAAAUUUCUUUACGACGAAAGGCGAAAUAAAGAUGCAAGAACUGGUUUGAUUAACGCUAACAUGGCAGAAUGUCAGGGCCCUGCUUUGUGGGCUUACAAUGAUGCUCAGUUUACCGAAAGCGAUUUUCAAAAUAUUAUCAAUCUCGGCGGAGGAACAAAGAAGGGCACAAAAUUCAAAAUAGGAAAAUUUGGACUUGGAUUUUGUGUCAUGUACAACCUUACUGAUGUUCCCAGUUUUGUUAGUGGACACUCACUAGUUAUCUUUGAUCCCCACACUACGUACCUUGGGAAAGCAAUCAAAGACAAAAGCAGUCCAGGACUACGUUUGACCUUCACGGAAAAAAGCUCAGGUAUUCUGAAGUUGAUGGAGAAUCAAUUCCAUCCGUACAACAAAAUUUUUGGAUGUGAUUUGUCGGGCAGCACUUUCCCACCAAAUUUUAAGGGAACGCUCUUCCGAUUUCCCUUACGAACUAAACAACAGGCAGUGAGAAGUGCUAUUAAAAGCACUCCGUAUACCAGAGAUGAUAUGGUCGGACUGCUUCAUCUGUUCAAGGAUUGUGCCGGUGAUAUGUUGACAUUUACCCAGAACAUAAAGGAAAUAGAACUGUAUCAUCUCCCAGAAGAGAGUUUGAAUCCAGUGAAUGAUACAAAGCUUAUUUUUAGCAUUGAGAAAGCCGUCAUCAAAACCACCCCAUUGAUGGAGGGUUCCGCUGAUAUCCAUGUGAUGCAGGAAGUUGAAAGUGCCAGCAGAAAAAAUCAAGACUUUGUAUUCAAUGAACUGAUAUCAGUGAAUUUAAGUAUGCCUAAAAGCAGACUUCUGAAAGUCAAGAACAUCUAUUUCAAGUCUUCGCUAUGGUUGGUUGCUUGGGCUUCAGGAAGUAAUAGAUCACUGCCUGAAGAUACCAAUCACUUUAAAAGUGAGAGAGAAGUGUCCGUAGGAAGUGUUGCUGUUUCCUUGAAAGGAUCACAUUCAAAACGUACAGCGGUACCGUUCCCGCAUCAAGAGAAACAGAUUGGAUUCUAUGAUACGAGUCAUUACUUUUGUUUUCUGCCUUUACCCGUCGAGUGUCAACUGCCUGUACACAUUAACGGAUCUUUUGCCGUAAGAAGUGACAGGAAAGGUUUAGUAAAAAGAACAAGUGACGAAAAAGGAGAAACAAUGGGUCAGAUUUGGAACAAAAUGCUGAUGUCUGAUGCAGUUUGCAACGCUUACAUUUCAAUGAUGACUUGUUUAGAUGGGUUUGGAAUUGUCCUUGAAAACUAUGAAUCACUUUGGCCUAUUCCCUGCAAGGAAACAGAUGGAGAUCCAAACCUGACAAAAUCCUUUUGCGAAAAAGUAAUUAAUGGCGAUUACGAAGUAUUUCAUACGACAAUUGGACGCCGUGCUACAUUUAGUGGUUCCAUUUUUCUUGAUAAUGAUUUUCGUCAUAAUAAGACUGUUGGGGAUUUAGCCUUUGGUAUUUUUCAAAGUUUGUUCCGAGGAAUAAACCUUCCGAUGGAUAUGUCAAAAGAAUUGUAUUCACAAUUUUGCACAUCAGGAUGUAAGGAAAGACUAGACCAGCAAACUCUUUCCGUGAAAAACUUCUUUGAAGACAUAUUUUUUCGAAACAUAAAGUUCAUAGAUGGAAACAAGCGAGAUGCAUUGGUAAUGUUCAUUCUACAAGAUAGUCAGCAUUAUCUGCAACAACUGUUAAAAUCAAACCCUUGUAUUCCAGUCAAACAAGAUAGGCGAUUGAGAUUACCAAAUGAACUUGUACGACCAAACUCUAAAGUAUCAAACUUGUUCCGUGAAAAAGAUGGACGCUUUCCAUCUGACGCCAACCAGCCGUUUCGAAAAGAUAAAAUCUUAGAUGUUCUUGUGCAUUUAGGCAUGGUGGACCGGACAUUGUCAGACGAAAUGAUUGUUGAGAGAGCUGAGUCUAUUGCCAAUCUACCUGAUCGCAAAGAGGCCUUAGAUCGCUGUCGAAAAUUACUGGCAUAUCUGGAUGGAGAACAUGAUCGCCCGGAGAUCUACGAUGUUUUGAGCAGAACAGCUUUUCUUCCUUCGCUAAGGAAGCCUAUCGAUUGGCCUCUGUCAUGGGUCCGUAGGUCAGCAAAAACAAAAAAUAAGUUUUUCCCACCGAAUCAAAUGUUUUUCCCCAGAGAUAUGGAACGAAUAGCAUGUUCUCAGCUGAUUGUUGACGAGGAAGAAAUCAAAAGUGAUGUCGAUGUUAAGAAGGUUCUGCGGUUACUUGGAAUCAGACGGAAAUGUUCGAGAGAUAACAUUGAAGCACAGCUGUUAGCAAGUCGAGUGCGCUUUAAAGAUCUUACAGACAAACAGAAAAACAAGUUACAUUCAAUAUGCUUAUCUGUAUAUAAGUACAUGAACUUUUUACGUGAACCUCUGACAGAGAAAUAUGAUGAUCUGCCUAUUAUAUGGAUGACUAAUUGUCUUGUGUCUCCUAAGCGAAUAACCAUGGAAACGUUCCAUGAUAUUGAUUGUAGUCCAGCAAUAUACCAGUUAGGCUCAUCUGAUAUUGGGAAAUACAAAACAUUUCUCAAACUUGUCGGUGUGCAAGAAAAGCUUUCUCAUGGAAAUAUUCUAACAGCACUCACAGUGGUAAGGAUGGACAGCAAGGAUAAAUGUCUGCGUGUUUCUCUAACAGUGCAAUUACUACGACUUCUCUCUACAGUCUGCGAGCGACACGGAAUAACAUUAAGUUCCGCUGAAAAGUCUCGCAUACAUGUCCCGGACGAUUCAAAUGUUUUUCGACCUGUUGAAGAAUUGUGUGUAGAUGAUGGGUAUCAGCUGAAAAGACAAAAUUACAUGCAUUUUGUUAACCCCAAAGUGUCGAUGGGUACUAUCAAGUUUCUUGGCAUAAUAUCAAAACGGCAGAAGCACCUGCAUGAUAUUAAAGGGAGUAUGCCAUUUGGACAAAAGGAAGAACUGGUAACACGACUGAGAGGAAUCAUCGAAGGAUAUCCUCCAGAUGAAACAAUAUUGUAUGAAUUGUUGCAAAAUGCUGAUGACGCAGGAUCGAGGGAAAUUGUGUUUAUUCAAGACGUCAGACAACACGAAAUUAAGAACGGCAUAUUUGGAAAGAAGUGGUCUGCAAUUCAAGGUCCUGCAUUAUGUGUUUUCAAUGAUUCUUGUUUCUCUUCCGCAGAUCUUGAAGGUAUUUGCAAACUAGGCGAAGGAACAAAAUCUAAAAAUCCAUUGAAGGCGGGACAGUUUGGAGUCGGAUUCAAUGUGGUUUAUCAUUUGACAGACGCGCCUUCAUUCAUUACCAAAGGUCCCACAACACCUAAUAAUGGAACAUUCUGCGUUUUUGAUCCUCACUGUUCUUUUUGUCCUGCUACUGACGAUAACCCGGGAAUGCAGAUUCCUGAUUUAGGAGAACUAGAAGAAACAUAUCCGGGGAUAUUUGAAUGUUAUUUACAGAAAGAGAUGCCAAGGUCAAAGGGUACAUGGUUCCGAUUUCCCUUACGAAACGAAAGCAUGGCAAGUUCUUCGCGCAUAUGUAACAAUCCAAUGGACAGUGGUGAACUGAGUUAUUUAAUUCAGAAAUUCAAGUUGAAUGUGAAGAAAUGCCUUUUGUUCUUGAGGAAUGUGAGAAAAAUUUCAUUAUGCGAAAUAGAUAUAACAGGAAAUAUCAAGACGAAUUACACAGUGAGUUCUAGUCUUCACGAAAACGACGAGCGUAAUCUGGAAGAGUUCACCACAGCGAGUGACACAUUAACUAAAGCUUUAUAUGAUAAAUCGGCUGAUAUCAAAGAAAUUGAAUUUCAAAUGGUUCAAUACAACAUGACCAUUCAGGAACAUGAUUACCAUCAACCUGAACACUGGAUUGUAUCCCAGACAUUUGGAUUUGAAUCCAGUGUGAAUAUUCCGGAAAGCGUAAGUGCAGCCUUUCAGUGCGGUGAAAUAGCUCUCACACCGAAAGGUGCGGUGGCUGUUCCGAAUGUAUCAAGGAACAAAGGAAAGGAAGAAGAAAAUACAGGCAGAGAAUAUAUUGAUUCAACUGAGUAUUUUCACCAGUCUCAUGUAAGAGGAGGGUUCGUUCAGUUGUCAGGUGCUUCGACCCAAACCAAAGAAGAAGAAGGCCAAGCAUUUUGUUUUCUUCCUCUGCCGUUGAAAACAGGUCUCCCCGUACAUAUCAAUGGUCACUUUGCUCUUAUUCAAACAAGGGGAUCAAUGUGGGAGAAAACAUACAGAGGCGAUUGGAACAGAUUGCUCUUAGGUACAAUAAUAUCAAAUAGCUACGUCCAAGCAAUUGAAUGUUUGCGCGACAACUUCCUUGUAAACGAUGUAAACAGGGAAGAGCUUACAAUGACGGAUAUAAAAUCAAGGUUGAAAAAUUAUCACGAGGCCUUUCCACGUUAUGAAGAAGGAAAAACUGAUCUGAUCAAAUGCAUGAUAUCGUCUUUUUUUGCUCUCCUGUAUAAAAAGGAGUCGACAGUGUUCCCUGUGCUAUCCGCGAAUGGAACACAUAUAUGGUGGGUUGCUCUGCAACAAAACAGUCAUGCAUUUCCUGCGUGUUUUGAUAAUACACUUGAUCAGUUUCUGCAAAUGCCACAACUAAAUGAAACUCGGUAUUAUCAAUAUAGUUUUCAAUUUGACAAAAAAAGGAAUCUUGAAUGUGCUGUAACAAAUGCGCACAAUCUGACCAGUAUUCUUAAAAAUAUCGGCAUGAAAUUACUGGAGUCUCCUAUAUGGAUUCACGAAAGUAUGCGCCAAGCUUUGAAGCAGGAAAGCAGCAUAUCCCUUUGCCAAUAUAAAUCAGAUGAACAUUUGAUUAGCCCUAGCACUGUCAUUCAAUUCAUAAGGGUAGGUAACACUUCGCCGGAUGCAUGUCUUCUUUACCAUGUAAAUAGUAAAGUAACAGACACUCCUGUUAAAAGCAUUGACAAUGUGAAUCGUCUGCUACGAUACUGUGUGAUAGAUUUGGAAAGUUUUCAACAACACAUGGACCAGCUACCGCUUUUGGUGACGAACGAUGAUAUACUGAGAUGUUUUUCUUCAACUUCACCUGUAAUUUUGUCUCAGUUCUGUGAUCUGCUCCCAUGGUCAGCAAAGCACUUUGUGCAUAUCAAUAUCGUCGAUGUCUUGGAGAACAUUCCAUUACAGAGUUAUCAGUGUUUUAAAGGCUUAGAUUUGAACACUUUCGCAAGAAUGCUACCACAAAAUUUCGACAAGACUAUCCUAUCAGGACCUGACCAAAUACCAUGGAAUGAAGAACGGAUAAGUCGGCGUUGGAUGAAGACAUUCUGGCGGUAUUUGGAUUCUUUAGAAGAAAAACCAUUCGAGGAGCUUGGGAAUUGGUGCCUGAUCCCCGGAAAGUUGAAUACGCCAAGAACAUUUUCUCUCAACGAGGUCUUAGUUCCAUUUGAUAAAAGUUUCAUUCUGUUGGACAGCUGCACUUUUCGAGACGAAUACCUGAGAAGUGUGUUUAGCUCUCUAAAAGUGACAAAGCCAAACGUAUUCCUCUACAAUGAUACAUUAAAAUAUCUUGUAGCAUCACAAACCGAUCCGAUACGAUUAGUGCAAUGCCUUCAUUACUACAAGAAUCACUUGGAAUAUCUGGAGAUCAGUCAAUGCAAAGCAAUACUGCAGCACCUAUCACAGUCAGAAAAUAUAAGGAAACUUAAACAAGACGCAUCCAUAGUUGCAAAGCUACGUGACCUCCCUUUGUUCACGACUGUCACUGGGAUCAACGUCAAACUUCAAACAAAUAAUCUGCGGAUUUUCAUCGUGAAAAAACACUGCGAACUAGAUAAAGACGGAAUGCAGACUUGGAUGAACAGCUAUGGGUGCAUUUUGUUAGAAGAAAACUACUCCACGUUCGAGUUGAUGUCCUACUUAUAUUGCAAUCAAAUUAUUUCAGUUCCUGAAUUGUAUUGCGAACAUAUUCUGCCAUUUUUCUAUCAUCUCGAACGAAAUCAUCAUUUGACUCAUUUGGAAUAUGUGAGGCGCAAUCUGAAAGAUGUCCCUGACUGUCCGUUUAAAGAAGCGUUGCGGACAUCGAAAUUCAUUUAUCAAAACGGAAGUGUCAAAUCAGCGGCCAAUUUCUACGAUCCCCGUAACAGAUUAUUUCAAAAACUGUUCGAUCAGUCCAUGUUCCCACCCAAUCCAUUCGGAUAUAAUGAAUGGAAAACACUCAUGGUAUCUGCGGGAAUGAAAAAUACAGUGUCAGCAGAUUUGUUUGUUAAAUUCGCUAAGCAGAUUGAAAGCAGUGGACAAACCAGAGGGAUGACGGAAAAUAUAAGAGCACAGUCCAAUGAAAUUGUCAGGUACCUGUUUGCCGAAAGAGAGCUGUACACAGAUAUUGACUUGCUGAAGAAAAUAAAAAAACAUUCGCUUUAUAAUACCGCACUGUGUUCAAUCUACAUAUGA